AUGGCGGCAAGGAUCCAGAUCAUAUUGUUGAACUGUGUAAUGAGUCGUAAAGGCUGUGAAUCAACUGCAAGACAUGUUGCCAAGUUCUUGAAACUACCCUCUGUUGGAUCAAGUGAUGUUAGUUCAGAGUUUUCAGAUGCUGCAGCUGCUAUUGAGGCCUUGAGGAGGUGCCCUGCUGGACUGGAUCCAAUAUUGGGAGAAACCCUUCCUUUUGGUGUUGCAUAUCAUCAUGCUGGUCUUACGGUUGAGGAGAGGGAGAUUGUGGAAUCAUGCUACCGUAAAGGCCUUGUCCGUGUUCUGACUGCCACUUCAACUUUAGCUGCUGGUGUUAACUUGCCUGCUAGACGGUUUAUAUUCAGGCAACCUAAGAUCGGUCGUGAUUUUAUUGAUGGGACUCACUAUAGACAGAUGGCUGGCCGUGCUGGUCGAACUGGAAUAGACACAAAAGGAGAAAGUAUACUUGUAUGGAGGCUUGAAGAGGUCAAGAGAAUUACAGGUAUUAUUAGAAGCAAUUGCCCUCCCUCGGAGUCCUGCCUCUCAGAAGAUAAAAAUGGAAUGACUCAUGCAAUUAUGGAGGUUGUUCUUGAUGAUCUUUCGAGGGCAAGAGAAGGCUUUGUUCUGGCAUCUGAUUUGCAUUUCGUUUACUUGGUCACACUCAUAAAUGUAGGUCUUGAACCUGAUUGGGAAUUAUAUUACGAGAGAUUCAUGCUUGCUUCUCUUGAGCAGGUGCAGAGGUACGACAAGAUGCAGAUGCCUACAGCGGCCAUGCGGGGGGCGAUUGUGGAGGCCAUGGCGAGGUCGCAGUCAGUUGGCAAUUGGGUUGGAGUAAUCGAACCCCUCUUGAUUCUCAUGGCUCAUGGGGCGUCAAUGCCUGUUUGUGGAAGUCCUCAGAGAAACACUGGUUUAAGUAACAAGUCAGCACAAGCCGGUGGAAAUGCUCUUGUCAGUGAGCAUACACUCAGAGUGUCAAAGCGCUUUUAUGUGGCUUUGAUGUUAUCGAGGCUUGCUCAGGUAUAA